AUGGCCAUCAAUAUUUUUUUCUUCUUUUCUUCCUUCACACUUCUUGCUUCUCCACACACACAUACACACGUACCAACCAUAAACGACGCCGGAAGUGUGAAUUUCUCUGCGAAUCAAUCACAUUUUUACCUUUUCUUUUACCUGCCUGGUUUUUUUUUUACUCCCAACAAAGGGAAGGAUUUGUUUAUCAUUGACAAUAAGAUGGAUUCUGAAUGGAGCGACCGAUGGAGCCAUUUAAAGAAAAUCUUGGAGCGAACGGGUCCGUUUACCCACUCAGAUUUUGAACCGAGUCCUGAGACAUUCAAUUUCUUGCAAGAAUCAUUCCGAAUUCUGGUUGUUGGUGCUGGUGGUCUUGGCUGUGAACUUCUAAAAGAUUUGGCACUUUUGGGUGUUGGUAAUAUUGAUGUCAUAGAUAUGGAUAUCAUUGAUGUAUCAAAUCUCAACAGGCAAUUUUUAUUCAGACCUAAAGAUGUGGGGAAGUCCAAAGCUGAAGUGGCUGCUGAGUUUGUGAAUACACGAGUACUCAACUAUUUUGACGAGUCUUUUUAUAGACAGUUCCAUAUGGUGGUCUGUGGCUUAGAUUCAAUUGUUGCCCGCCGAUGGAUGAACAGAAUGUUGGUCAAUUUGUUAAAUUAUGAAGAUGGUAUUCUUGAUCAAGCUUCAGUUAUUCCAAUGGUGGAUGGUGGUACAGAAGGUUUUAAAGGCAAUGCCAGAGUUAUUACUCCAGGUAUCACAGCUUGCAUAGAGUGCACACUUGAUCUCUACCCACCUCAGAUUAACUUCCCACUGUGUACAAUUGCACACACUCCACGCCUUCCGGAACAUUGUAUAGAAUAUGUACGCAUUUUAAUGUGGCCUAAGGAACACCCUUUUGGUGAAAAUGUGGCAAUUGAUGGUGAUGACCCUAGUCAUAUCCAGUGGAUUUAUGAUAAAGCCAUAGUUCGUGCAAAUGUGUAUAGCAUCACUGGUGUUACUUACAGACUCACACAAGGUGUUGUGAAAAGAAUAAUUCCUGCAGUUGCAUCCACGAAUGCUGUUAUUGCAGCUGCUUGUGCAACAGAAGUUCUCAAAAUUGCCACAAGUUGCUGUGCACCUCUUAACAAUUACAUGAACUUCAGUGACACUGACGGAAUCUACACUUACUCUUUUGAGGCUGAAAGGAAGGAGGAUUGUUUAGCCUGUAGCCAGAUUCCACAAACUCUGCAUUUUACAGAAGAAAACAAAUUACGAGAUAUUAUUGAUUAUCUCAUUGAAAGUGCAUCUUUCCAAAUGAAGUCUCCAGCCAUUACAACAUUGAUAAGUGGAAAAAGCAAAACUCUUUAUAUGAAAACAGUGAAGUCUAUUGAAGAAAAAACUAGAGAGAAUCUAAAAAUGUCAUUAAAAGAACUUGGCUUGAGUGAUGGCUCAGAAAUUUAUGUUGCAGACCAAACAACUCCAACGUCAAUUACAUUCAAGCUGAGUUUGACUAGUCAGAUGGAAAAAUGA